AUGGAUACAUAUAUUACGGUCGAGCAUUUACUGAAUAUCCACUUUUCAAGUUUACCUCUUGAGAAAAAGAUUGAAAUAAAAAAAGAAGGUAGGCCAAUGCCAAAUUUAAAUAUAAUACAAAUUAAGAAAACAAAGUCUAGAGAAUUUAAAAGAAGUUUUAAUAAAGACAUUUAUUCAAAACAUGAUUGGUUAUGUAGUUAUUCUAAAACGAACCGUUUGUUUUGCUUUCCUUGUAUACUUUUUUGUCGUACUUCUGGUGAUAAAAAUUGGUCACAAAACGGAAUAAAUGAUUUAGCUCAUUUGAACGAUAAAAUUAGUACACACAUAAAAUCAAGUUUACAUUUAAAUGCUCAUUUAAAUUUGAAACUUUUGGGUAAACAAGAUAUAAGGCAACAACUUUCAAAUGCAUUUAGGCUUAGUAUACAAAAACAUAAUGAAACUGUAACUAACAACCGUUAUAUUUUAUCUAAAAUUAUUGAUUGUAUUAAAUUCUGUGGUGCAUUUGAACUUGCUCUUCGAGGGCAUAAUGAGAAGUCAGAUUCUGAAAAUCCAGGAAUAUUUCGCGGACUUAUUAAUUUUAGUUUUGAAUUGGAUAACACUUUAAAAUUACACCUCGAACAGUCUACAGUAUUUAAAAGCCUUUCUAAAAUAAUUCAAAAUGAAAUGUUGGAAUGUAUGCUAUUUGUUAUUCGACAAAAUAUUAAAAACGAAAUAAAAAACGCUGAUUUCUUUUCUGUUAUAUCUGACGAAACGACAGAUGUAUCAGCACAAUUUCAAAUGUCCAUAAUAUUUCGUUAUAUUUUAUCCAAUGGUACGCCAGUUGAGAGAUUUUGGGGCUUUUUUAAUCCAUCUGGACAUGAUGCAAAGUCACUAUCAGAGUGCAUAAAAUAUAACUUAAAAGAAGUAACAGAAAACCACGACAAAUUAAUCUCGCAAAGUUAUGACGGAGCUGCUGUGAUGAGUGGUCGACUUUCCGGCGUUCAAAAACUCAUAAAAGAUGAAUAUAAAAAUGCACAUUUUGUUCAUUGUUAUGCCCACCAAGUUGCCGUUUUGGAUAAAGUUGUUAACCAUAGAAUCCCUCAAUCAUCAAAUACAAGAUGGAACUUCAAAAGCCGUAUUGUUAAUACUGUACACGAAAAUCGUGAGUUAUUAAUAGAAUGUAUGGAAGAGAUCGAAAAUACAUUUAAUCAAAAUAUUGCAAUUAAUCAGGCGUGCGCUAUACGUAGAAUGUUAAAUGAUGAAAAAUUUAUAUUUUGGUUAAAUGUUUUUCAUUGUUUAAUGCCACAUGUAGAUAUAUUAUAUAACCAGUUGCAAAACCGGAAAAUUGACUCUAUCGAAGUGAAAAAUGCCAUUUCUCGAUUUGAAGAAAAUAUUCAAAAAGAAAGACGAAAUUUCGAUAAUUUUCAAAAUGAAAUGCCAGGUGAAGUAACUCAAUGUAGACAAAAAAGAAAACGUGAUGAUGAUACACUACUUUCUAGAAUUUGUGUUGCAAAAGAAGUCUGUGAUAUUCUUAUUGUCUGUGUUAAAGAUAGGUUCGAAUAUAAAGCUCAUUUAAACGCGUCUCUAUUAUUUAUGUCCACUGAAUUUCCUUUGUAUGAAAAAAAUUUUCCACAAACAUAUGUUGAUGAAACAAUUGAAGCUUACCCUUUUUUAAAUAAAACAACAAUACCUAUGACAUCUGCAAAAGCAGAAAGAUCGUUUUCGACAUUGAAGAGGAUAAAAACAUUUCUUCGAAAUAGUAUGGCAGAAGAGCGAUUAACAGCAUUAGCGAUGUUAUCAAUUGAAAAGAAAAUGGUGAACCAAAUAUCAAAUUUUAAUGAAGAAGUCAUCAAAGUAUUCAUGAAGAAAAAAGACAGACGGAUCGAUUUGGAAUUCAAAAAUAUAACUACUUGGUGGGUAGUUACUGCUGUAUUCGGUACAAUGUAA